CUCUCAAACUCUAUUCAGCUUUUUUCUCUCCAAGCCUGAACCAAACAAAACAAGCGGCAACAUGGUUGUGUGGACUGACCAAGAGCGCACCGCCAUCGGCAACAUCAUGGGCGGCCUGAUCUACGAGGAUGACGGCCCCAAGGCUCUGACCAGGUGUCUGAUCGUCUACCCCUGGACCCAGAGGUACUUUGGCGCCUUCGGCAACCUCUACAAUGCCGAAGCCAUCAAGAACAACCCCCGGAUCGCCGAACACGGCACCAAGAUCCUGCACGGUCUGGACCGGGCUCUGAAGAACAUGGACAACAUCAAGGAAACCUACGCCGAGCUGAGCGUGCUGCACUCCGAGAAGCUGCACGUGGAUCCCGAUAACUUCAAGUUGCUGGCUGACUGUUUGACCAUCGUCAUUGCCGCCAAAAUGGGAACUAGCUUCAACCCAGAGAUUCAGGCCGCCUGGCAGAAGUUCUUGUCCGUGGUUGUGUCUGCUCUGGGAAGGCAGUACCACUAAACCUCAGACACUCGAAAUGGAGAUUCGACAUGUGUUUUCAUGUGUUUGCCUUCUCCAAAAUGAAAUAAAAGCUCACUAAAGCAAA